AUGGAGAAAGCAAGCGUGAAGCACCUGGAGUUUCAGUUGCAGCGGGAGAAAGCGCUGGCGAAAGAUCUAGAUGCAAGAUGCAAAUUCCUGUCCGCACAGAUUGCUCAGCUGGAGCAAGAUAAAGCCGAACUUCGUCGCGAAAAGUUGUCCCUCGGCGAAGAGGCGAAGAAGGCAUCAAAGCUAGAUGAGCGAAUUCAUAACCUGCAGAAAGAAGUGGAAAGUCGCGAUGCAGUUAUUGCAGCAGAGCGGAUGGCAGCACAGGAGGCGAGGGCGGAGGCAGAAGAAAUUCGGCGCAACGCUAACGCUUCCAUUGCCCUAUGGACUGCGGCAGAGGAGCAGUGGACGACAGAGCAAGCUGCACUCAACGAAGCCGCUUUGCGAUAUCGUUCGCAGAUUGAAACACUAGAAAAGGAUUUACGAAUCCAAGGUGACGCACAUGUGGAACUAACGAAGCAGCUGCAUACAGAAAAGGAUCGCUUUAGUAGGCUGACACACGCGCGGGAGGCGAUGGAGGCUGAGGUUAAGACUCUUCACUCUCAGGUGGAGAAAUUGCAGAACAAGGUUUGUGAUCUUGAGCAAACAGUUUAUAAGCUAGAUCUUGCCGGGGACAAGCAACGCGAGGCGAUUAAUCUGAAAGAUACAGAGAUCAAAACUCUUGAGGCUACUGUUGCGCGGCAUAUAGAGGCAGAGGAGCGAUUAGAGCAGACCAUUAGUUCUCUUAACGAUCGCAUUAACGCAGCUAAGAUGCUGAACCUGGAGGGCAAAUGUGAGAACGAAAAGUUGCAAUGUGACGUUUCAGACGCCAAAAAGGAGAUUGACCGCCUCCAUCUCCAAAUUGAAUCCUUGAAGCGUGACUCCAGCUUUCUCUCAUUGAGCCAUUCUAGUACGCAAAAGGCACUGGAAGAUUUGAAGGAGAAGCACCGGCAGCUUCAAGAAGAUAUUCGUGACAAGAACGUCGAGAUACGCCGACAUGAACUCACUAUCAGUCAAUUGAAUAUGGAGCUCAAAAAGAGCGAGAAUCAAGGCGGCGAGUGGUCAUUUCAGUACUCGUCGUUGGAGACCGAGCUUCAGCAAACGAAGGAAUUAUUGAAGACUUCAUCCGCAUCUGUCGAGAUGCUUCUGCGAGAAAAAAAUGAGCUCGUGGAGAGGCUGAAGGAGCAGAAGCAGCUCAUGGAGACAAAGGAGGAAGAGAUGGUGGUGCUGCAGAGUCAAUGUAACGAACGAAUUGAUACCUUUUUGCGGGAUAUGAGCGACCUGGAAAAAGAGAUUGCAGCGCGCCAGGCGGUAAUUAAUGAGUUGUCCGACCAGCUCAAUUCCGCAAGUGAGAAAAACGUGGUGUACCACUCCAAGAUUCUCGAGGAAUCGGAGGCCAACGGGAAAAUGCGACAGCAACUGAGUCAGCUGCUGCGCCGCCUUCAAUCAAAUGAAGAGCAUAUAUUUUUGCAAGAAUGUGUUUCUGAGAAGGAGAGGAUGUUUUCCUCGUUUGCGGAAGAUUUGUUUAAUGCAUCAAUGUCGUGUUAUGCAAUCCUCGUGAGGCAGUGCCAAAAACUGCAGGACGAGUCAUCGGUUCUACAGAAGCAAACUGAAGAGCUUUUGCGCGAGUGCUGCUUGAAGAGCUCUGAGUUGAAGGAGCGAGAGUGUGUAUGUGCAAAUCAGAAAGGGCAAAUUGCAGCUUUGCAAGAGGAUUCAAGCAUGCAAGCUGAACGGAUCUCCGUACUUUUGUGUGAACUGUCGGCUGCUCAAAAUGAAGCUAGCAAGCUUCGUGCCGCUGUAGAGACUGCAGGUAGUGAUGCUGUUGACCUCAAAUCAGCGUUCGCCGAACUUCACGAGCAAGUCGUUCUGAAAGAUACUGAACUGGAACGAAAGGACGCCGCACUCACAGACUUCCAAGCCCGUUUUUGCGCUUUCUCCAACGCAGCAUCUACUUUAGAGGAGGUAUUGCUUCGCCAUUCUUCGGAGCAGAUAGAGUAUGUGCAGAUCCUUUGGGAGAGUCGCUUAGAUGCUGUUGAACAGCAUUUCGCUUCGCUUUUGUUGCAGUUGGCGUCUGAAAAGGCGGUGCUGCAGUCUUCGAAGGAAAAGACAGAGGCUGCAUGCCGGGAGUUGUCUGCAUUCGCAAAAGAGGCAAAGGUCUCGAUGAGCAAAAGUGAUCUCGCUGCUGCGGAGCGACAUGAGGCACUAGUGAAUCGUGCUGCCUUUCAGGAGGAGCAAAUUGCCUUGGCAAGGCGAGAAAAGGAGCAGACCUCCACGCAGCUGGCAACGUUGCUGCGGCGGUUUGAAGAGGAGAAGAAUUCCUUCGAAUCAUUCCGGAAAGAGGCGAGUUGUGCAAUGGAGCGGGAGAGAGCGCGAUGUGUGGCAGCCGCGAAGGAGUCCGUGAAGCUUCGCAGUUGCAUUGAUGCAGAGGUGAAGCGCAAGUGCGAGUAUAAACAGGCACUAGAGAACCUUAAAAAGCUACGCAGUGAGAGUGAGGACCUGCGUCGUGUCGAAAAAGAGCGCGCGGCAGAUGCCAUCAGAAAAGCAAACGCUGAGUCUAACUAUUGGAUAAUGUGCUUCGAUCAUCUCAAAGAGAUGGUUGAGGAAAGUCGACGCAAAGGCGAUUGUUUGCCAUCUAUUGACAUGGAUACAAUUCAUCGCUUAGAGGUUGCCAAAACCAAGAUCAGCACCAUGCAGAUGCAGGAGGUCAACACUAUGCUGUCGAGCCUACCAAAGCUGAAGCGUGUACGAGAAGAGGGCACAGGUGCUUCAAAGUAG